AACAAAGAGCAAGAAGAAAUUAGAAAUGGCGGACCCCGCGGCGAUGCACAGCGAGGCGUCCUACCUGGCGGUGUACGGCCUGGUGUCUGUGUUGCUGGUCACGCUCGUGGGUGGCUUGCUGUACGUUGCCUGCUCGCGCAGGUACCGCCUCAACUGGUUCGAGAAGAACCUGCUGGAGGCCGCCGAGAAGGGCCACAUCGACGAGAGUGAGGAGGCGCUGGUGGAGGACACUGGAGAGGGCGACAAGUUCUGGGUGCCGCCCAGCCUGCACCGGCAGAACAGCUUCUGUCCCAGCGACAUCAUACAGGACACGUCUGGAGAGUCGAGCCCGUGCACGCCGCAGGGCUUGCCGCUGUCGCCGCAGCACGUACAGCAGCAGCACACGGCGCCUGCGCGGCCGCGCGUCUCCUCCAUGCACACCAAGCUGGACCACACCAAGAUAGACACCUCCCUCUACCAGAAGCAGGCACUGACCACCAGGUCUCCCAGUCUGCCUGAGGAGCCAGUGGGCUCCAUCCAGAUAGCGCUGGCGUACGACCCGGCAGCCGGAAUCCUGACGGUGCGACUUCUGGAGGCGCACGACCUUCAGGCGAGGGACUUCAGCGGCACCGCCGACCCGUACGCCAAGAUCCGCCUGCUGCCCGACAGGGGCAACGUCUGGCAGACGCGCAUCCACAAGAAGACGCUCAACCCAGUGUUCGACGAGGACUUCGUGUUCGAGGUGUCGCCAGCGGCGCUGCCGCGGCGCACGCUGGAGGUACUUCUGUAUGACUUCGACGCGUACUCGCGCCACCACAGCAUCGGCGGUGUGCAGCUGCCGCUGGCGCAGAUCGACCUCUCCGAGAGGCUCACCCUCUGGAGGCAGCUCGGGCCCUGCGCCGACCAGGACGCCAAGGCGGAGCUGGGUGAGGUGAUGGUGUCGCUGUCCUUCCUGCCAUCUGCAGAGCGCCUCACAGUCGUCGUGCUGAAGGCUCGCAACCUCAGAAUCAUCGACGACACCCGGGCGUCCUCUGACCCCUUUGUGAAAGUGGCACUGGUGCAAGGUGGCAAGCGUGUCAAGAAGAAGAAGACGGGUGUCCACCGGAACACAGUGAACCCUGUGUUCAACGAGGCACUCACUUUUGACGUCAGUCGAGAGGCACUUUCACGAAGCAGUCUUGAGAUCCAGGUGCUGCAUGACAGCCUACUGGGCCCUAGUGAGCUGCUUGGACGUGUAUUGCUGGGCAGUGACUGUGGAUCCCUCACGGACCGCGCCUUCUUCUCUGAGGCAGUUGCUAGCAAGACAGCAACAGCACGCUGGCUGCAGCUUAGUGAACCUCAAUGAGCCUGAGAACUGAGACACACUAGUAUGGCAUGAAGAGAGCCCACAGCCCAGAAGAGAACAGAUACCAAAGAUCCCGUGACAAUGUCACCUGUGGGCUUUGUCAAAGUUAAUUAAUUGUAGGAAAUGAGACAGGCUUGUGCCAACCAAGAAAGGGAAGUUCAUAAAAUUUUUGAUGACCAGCUCCUUCCAAUGUGUUUUGUGACUAGGUCUGCAUUUUGUUCCACCCUAAUGUUGUGAUUGCACUCAUCCAACAAUAUGUCUGUGAUUGAAACAAUACACUUUCAACUGGUUACACAACCUCCAGCUAUAUUCCAGGAUGUUUAAGGACAAGACCCGCAUCUCCAAGGAACUUUAUAUCAUUUCUGAAAGUUAUAUUGAUUGAUAAUUGUGAGUUGAUAAUAGAUCAAUUAAGUCCUUUAAGAUGCAUCAAGAUAAAGAACAUCCUUCUUUUCAUAUAAAUAGCUUUGAAAACAGAACAUGAGAUUCACUGAAUUAAACAUUUGUUUUGGUUUUGUUUUGCACUGUCCCUGUUAACUGAAACUGUUCAUUUGAGGUGUUAUUUACCUUCCAAUUUCUCUCAUGGUUUCUCCGGCAUUAUUGACUAGGAACACAUGGGUGCAAAAAUAAAUUGCACUACUCCACUGCAAAUUGUUGUUGUUGAGGAAAAUUUGGUUUCUUUACUUUCUUGCAUGCCUUUUAUGGUAGUGGAUAACAGAAAAUAUUGCUAAAUAUAGCAUUUCAGUAAAUCUAAUAAAAUUUACAUUGGUCAACAUUUAGUCACAUAAAUGACAUCAGACACGGACCUACGACUGGGAAAUAAGCUGUAAAUAUAUUCAUUGUAUGUGCUAAAGAAAUCCAUGUGGUAAUAAAAUUGAAAUAAAUAUGAAAUUUACAUGGUAAAGACUACAGACUAUGUAUGAAGACUCAUUCUGACUGAAUAUACCGGUUGUAGACUCAUAUAAUGCACCAACAGUUGUGUAUUAUUAUUAUUAUUAUUAUCAUAUCUGCUACUGCUUGCAUUUGCCUCUUCAGGUGGUCAGUUCACCUGCAGAGGCAUGAGUAUACCACAGCUGAUGAACAUGAGCAGUGGGUUGGACCUGCCAUUCAUCAUCAUUUACACCCUUCUCCCAAGUCUUCUCACACGGCUGGUUGUAUGCAGUGAACAAAACCAUAGCCACAGCACUUAUCACAAGCAACCAAUUUGAACAGCCCUUUCUGUGGAUUCCCCUAAGCAUUCUCCUUUACAAAAGUAACAUCAUAAAGCAAUAAAACCCUACUAAAUAUUGAAAAUCAUGUUGUAUCACUGUCAUCUAAUAUGACAGUCUUCAUUAUUACUACCAGUCUCAGUUCUUACUGAUCAUCCUAAGGCACAGGAAGUUUUAUAAUUACAAUAUCUUUGUGAUACAUGUAUGGGGUUCCAUUUUGCUCUAUGUAUAAUCCAUAAAAUGAACUGAAGAACAGAACUCCGUAUGUAUAAUUUAAAAAUUGUUCUAAAGAUCCAGUAUAUCAAUUUUGUUACAUUCCAUCCUGGAUUUUCCAUUGUCUGAUUAGUAUAAUAGUAUGCCACAUAUAAUUUCUGGAGGUCUGUAAAUUGUUGGAACAAUAUCACUGGUAGAUCUCUGAACCAUGACUGUCUAGUUGUGACAUUCUCCCAGCAUGUGUUGUAUGUUUUGUAGGGUUAGACUAUUGAUGUGUUGGACCUUCUGAACAGCAUUUGGAUUCUACAUAAUGCCAUUUGUGAUCCAGUUUGUGUUUUGGUGCUAUAUUGAAUGAGAUGGAAUCCCAUGUACAUAUUCACACAGAUUUUGUAAUAGAAAAAUUUCCUGUACAAGAUUAAGAUAAGUAACAAUCAAAAAUUGUACCAAUAAAAAAAGACCAUUUGGCAGUGGUACACGAUUCUUGACAAACAUGUGCAAACUGAAAAUAUUGCAGGAGCUGUUAUUAAAAAGUGAUAAGUUGCUAAUGCUACAAAACUGUGCUGACCACACUUCAAAGUCCCUUCUUUCAAUUGAUACACCUAUUUACUUAAGAAACUAAAUAGUGUUUACUGACAAAAAUUGUGACAUUAAGGCUGAUGGUUUUCCUUAUCUGUUCAGGACCUUUCAAAUUGCCAUUAUGUUCUUUUAUUUUGAUGAACUCUUUUAAAGAGCCCAAAUCUUCUCUACCUUAUUCUUUCAAUUGCCCCAAACUCAUUCACUCCCCCCCCCUCUCUCUCUCUCCCCCUCCCCUCCCUCUCUCCCUUGCACUCUAAGACAAUUAAGAUUUAUGAAUAGUAUGUUCUUUGUAUUUUCACAUUAACAUACAUAAGAGUUGUAAAUAAUUAAUCCUCUGCUAUAACUACAUACAGGAUGGCCACAGAGCUCAUCUAAAGCAAUCAGUAUUAUAUGAGUUUCCAACUAUGUUAUUUCAUACCAUUGAAUAAUUCCAUAAUGAAUAUAUUGUCAGUUGCAAAUAUAUGUUCUUUGACACAUACAAUGUUUUUUCUCCUGUUUAACUUUAAUUUAUGUGCUACAAGAACUAUGAGUAUCUUCUAUUAUGUCAGAUAUGAGAUACAAAUAUCUAUACAAUGUGUACAAUAACUGGUCAUAGAUGAACUAUUUUAUUCAUUUAUUGUUUCUUAUGACUGUACCAUAUUGUCAUUAACUAGUAAUUUAGACUGUAUGUGAUACUUUGCUUUUUACCACUGUAAGACAUAAACUGAGGAAUUUUGUGUAGGGACGCUCAACAUCUAUACUUGUAUGUAAGGUCAUUUAUCAUGAACACUAGGAGAAUAAACUUUUUAAAUAAUAAUAUAAAUUUAUGUCAUGAAUUCAGUUUUUUCAUACACAAAAAAUUAAUGGUACCAGCACAUGUCAUUCUGCUUGUUACACAAUAAGUCUUCCAAUUGGGUUAUGGAAUGACUGAAACAGCAGACCAGAAAUAUGAAAAAGUGACAAAAUAUGGCCUCACAUUUUCCUUUAAUAUUUCAGUUUAUUGGUUUCAUGUUUUACAUUUUACUGAGACUGAUGUACAUAGUUGUUCUAGCAAACUAUUCAUAGAUUAGUCAUUCAGUGUGUUUUAGUGGUGAAAUUUGCUAUGAAGAAAGCGUAUACUAUAUUUAUUUUCAUUUGACUAUAAAAAUUAUAAAUUGCAUUCAGAAAGCUUUGUAGUCACAGGCAACUACCCAGAGCAAAGUGUACUCUUACAGCACCCUUCUACAGAGAGGUGAAUCACAUCAUUAACAUUGUUGCAUGGAAAACAAGAAAUAUGUUCAAAUACAUUCACAGUGACACUAAAUGAUCUACACUAUUUUCAUUGCAGAAUAUGCUUUAGUUAACUGAAUUAAAAUUUUAUUCUUCACGGUUUUCAACAUACAUUGUAAUGUUUUCAUAGAGAUGGCACAAUAUGAAUGUCAGCAGAAGGAAUCUUGAUUUGUGACAGUAUGCAAAGGUGUGCUGUAUCAAUAUCUCUGAUGAAAAAUAAGUGUUAACAUAAUGUUUUAAGAUGUCUACAUUAAAAAAAGUUCCUCUGAAAGAUCACAGUACUCUUUUUUUUACAAAAUAUAUAAGGGACAUUCAGUAAUCCAGUAACUAAACAGACAAAGUGAUGUAGGGAAAAAACUGUAUAUUUUUACAAGAGACUUCUACUGUUUCUGAACAUAAUACCCACCAAUACUAAUACAUGUGCCCCAAUGAUGAACAAGUUUUUUUUCCACCUGAUGCAAAUAAAUCUUUGUCUUUUUUUCUGAGCCACUUUCCUACAAAUUGUUUGACCUCCUCAUAGUUACUGAACUUUUUCCCAUAUAAUUCCUCCUUGAGUGGACCAAACAAAUUAAAAUUCAAACUAGACAAAUCUUGGUUGUAGGGAGAAUGAGGUAGUAUCUCCAAAUCCAUUUUUUCAAUGGUUUUCUUGGGUCAGCUGGGCAGUGUGAGGGGGGGGGGGGGUAUUCUUAUGUAGCAAUAUCAUGCCUUUUCUUUGAGAUAUGCAAUGUUUUUCUCUCAUUGCUGCCUUUACUUUGUUUCUCACUAUGUCUGAAUAGUAGGCACUAUUUAUUGUAUGCUGAUUUUCCAAAUAAUUACAAAAGACAACACCUUGGGCAUCCGAAAAUGGUCAACAUGACUUUUCCCAUUGAUUCUUGCAUUCAAAAUUUCUUUCAGACAGGUGAGCUGGUGUGUUUCCAUUCCAUGCUUUGUGUUUUGGACUCUGAUUAAAAAUUGUAACCCAAGUUUCAUCACAAAUUAAAAUUUUGUUUAGAAAAGGGUCACCUUUUGCUUCAUAGUAUUCUUCAAGUCUUUACACACUUUGAGUCUUGUUACCGUACACUGCUGCAUUCACUCUACCAGAACCCAUCUUGCACUUGUUUUCCUGUGCUUAAGAUUCCUACUGAUAAUGUUAUUAACUGUGCCCACACUUACUGCAACUGUUUUUGCUAUAUGUUCAAAUGUAACAUGUUGGCCUUCAUGAAUAACAUUAUCAGUGCAGGUAGCAAGUGAAGGAAUUGACAUCUCAAAUUGCUGGCCUGGAUGCUGUUCAUCAGUUACUAAGGUCUGACUCUUUUUUAACUGCUCUACCCACUUAUAGAAACUUCCACAGCUCAUACAACUUUCAUCAUACUGUAAAAUCAUUCAAGAAAAAUAUUUUAAUCCAUUUUUCACAUUCAGAAAGCAAAAACCAGAUCAAUGAAUGCUGAUCAACUAAUGUGGAAAUCUAAAGAAGACAAACCAUCAUUAAAUGCAAUAUUAAGUUUAUAAACAAAACUACUUUUAAUCCAGCAGCUUCCCUCAACUCUACCCAGCAAUGCUGACCCGAAGUCAUGAAAGUACAAUUACUGAGAGUCCCUCUCUCCCCUCAAAACUGACUGCAGAAUAUAUAAUAUCCUCAAAAUCUGUAUGUUUGCUUACUCAAUGUAGCAUUACUGCACUUGCAACUCCAAUCAUAAUCACCAUUUUCAUGGAAAUGAUAUAAUUAUUACUUUUAUUGCUUCUCUGCCCUAUCCUUAUUUAUUAUACUCCUAUAAAAAGAAAACAAUUGCUUGUUUGGAACAUCUCUGCCUCUAGUGCAUAAUUUCUAUGCAGUUUCAGUUUUGUCUUCUGUACAGCUUAACAUUUACAUCCUCUUACUUUUUCUGUAUUGUUUGUUUGUUUCUAUUCCCUAUUUUAGCCCUUUAACUCCACACAAAUUAUUCAAACCAUUAAAAACUAACUAUGGCAAGUCAUCUGCAAUUCAUUCCUUAACAUCACUACCAGAUUCUGACACACAAAAAAUUACAUCCCUAAAAAUAUGUAAUUGAAUACUGUUCACACUGCAACAAAAAAGGCUCAUUUAGUGCAAUGUAAGAUUGAAUUAAGUGGUAAGUAUGAAAUCAGGAUCAUUUAAUCAGGAAUUAACACUUAAAUAAAUUUGUAUAAAAAAUCUGUAUUUACCUUAAUAAACCACAGAAAUUUAAGAGACAGCAACAUUUUAAGGUUCAUGGAAACUUCUUGUUUUCCAGCAGUCAGUGUUUAAAAUGAGGUCAGUGGGCAAAGUAGAAAUUGUCAACAGUUACAAGGGUCCACUGUGGUCUUGCUGUUUCUUCAGGUCCUUUCUUGCCCCAAGUAACAGAAUAUUUAUUUAUUUGUAUUUUAUUCUUACAAUAUAUUUUUCUUUUUCUCUUUGUCAGCAAGCAAAAGAACCACUGUUCUGCAAGCUCAAAAUCACUUAAAUAGUUCAUAUCAGCUUCUUCAAUGAUAUGGUACCAAACCUCUCUCCAAUAAGAACCAGUUUGUCAUUUAUUUGGUUGUUCAUGUUAUCUAAAACUGUAACCUGAAAUGAACGUGACAAAUUAUUACUAAUACACUGUACUUGAAUUAACCUUCAGUGCUUGGAUUUAUUAUUUGUGAGUGUCAGCAGUACAUCUCUUUGCAGGGAUCAAAAAUAUUAAGAUAGUUGCCAGUGAUAUUUUCAUGCUAUUAUAAACCAAAGAAGUCAAAAACGUGUUACAUAUUUGUUUAUAAAAAAAAAAAGAAAAAUGAAAAAAAGAAACAAUCUUUGUGACUUUCUCUUUAGUACACUUCAGGCAGCUGCCAGCUACUUGAUAACUGAUUAAAUGUCUGUUGAAUGUACUUAUUUUAUAUUUAUAGAUCUAUUAAAGAACUGAAAUUAACACCAAAUGUAUUUACAAUGAAAUAAGAUACGCAACUGCACCUAAUAACCCUUUUAAAAUGUUGAACCAUUUCUAAAUGUGAAGCUAAAUGUGUCUAUAAUGCAUCUGCAUAGUUAUCUAUAUACAGUCAGAUACUGUAUGUGUUAUGUAUUCUAUAUUUUUAAGUGUUUAUUAUAAAAUUUGUGUCCAACAUAUUGAAAUAAACUAUUUUCAAAGCAACUAAA